AAUGACUUUUACUCUAUCAAGUAUUAAUUAAUAAUAAUUGCAAUCGUUUUCUUCAAUUAAUACAUGAAGAAUAGUAAUAGUUUUUAAUAUAUCCCUAUGCAACGCAUAGGGACUGAAAUCAAGGCUACCUAGCUUACAGAAAAAGGAACACAGCCACAAAAGUAAUGCAAAAAAUGAAAGUACAACAUCGUGAUCAAGAAACUCAAACGAGUCUUUUUCAUGAUCUUCAAGAAUGGGUUCCAAUUUUGGAUGACUGGAAGAUUUCUCGUGAGAUAUCAAGUGGGAAGGUGCAACUUCGUCCCACUUGUUCGCAUACUGAAACUCCAUGGCAGAUAUAAAUUCAGGUUCUUCUCUGGAACUGAUAAUGAAGAAAGGAACAGAUUUCUGAUGAUAAAGAAAGAGAAAGAUUUGUGUGUGGGAUUGGUGACAGAAAGCGGAAGGAAAAUGGGAAUUUAUAGUUCCUUUGAAGGAAAGGAAAUGAGAAGGAAAGAUCAGAGAAGCAGAAUGCUAAGCGAUGAUGUGUCGUCAUAUGUCAUUAUUCUAGAAAGGAAACUACAUGAAAGAUUGGUUCAGGUUAGCGGGCUAACUGAUAGGGAUAUUCCAGCAUGACAAAAAGAAUAGUUGAAAGCCAAUUCCGC